AUUUUUAAAAGGGCUGCACUGGCCUUGCUGUGUUUUUCAGCUUCUUGAUUUGGUAGCAGCUGAGAGAAGUGGCAGAGUUUGCUGCUUCCUGCAGCUGAGACCAUGAGUUUUUUAUUAAGAUGCGGAUGCGGUACCUUUUAAACACAGUUUGGCGCGUUGGCAAUGGUAUUUUGUCUAGAUGGUGGAUGCUGUUUUUGUUAGUUGUGGGAGGACCUCAAGCAAAUGAUCAGAAGGUGCCUGUUGCAGAUGAUCGAUUGGAUUUAAGUAGUCUUAACUCUGGGAAUGACACUUUGCAUGGUAGUGAGACAUUUGGAAAUCAUACCUCAACCUUGAAUGCAAAAAGCCACAACACAACUAUGUCCUCCACUAACCAGUAUCACCCUGAAUCUGAAACCCUAAAACAGAAUGGCUCUGUGUCCAAAGAACCAAAGCCUGAUGUUCAGCCCCUACCAAAUCCACGGGCAUCUCAACCACGUCAGCGCAAACCAAAGCAGUCACAGGUGCCCCAACAACAACUAAAAACUUCCUGCCUACCCAAUAAGCAGCCUUCAUGCCGACCCUGUCCACCCCAGGGGCCUAGCUGCCGGCCCUGCCCGCACAAGGAGCAGUCUGCCUGCCGGCCUUGCCCAACCCUGAGCUGCCAGGUAAAGCAGCCCCAGAAGCCAGAGUUGUCAGAGCAUGUUGGUAAGCCAGCACUGCAUCAGCCUCAGGUGCAUCCACCCAGUGUGCCUCAGGAGAGCAAGCAGACAGUUUUGCAUCCACCCAGUGUGCCUCAGGUGAGCCAGCAGACAGUUUUGCAUCCACCCAGUGUGCCUAAGGAGAGCAAGCAGACAGUUUUGCAUCCACCCAGUGUGCCUCAGAUGAGCCAGCAGGCUGUUUUGCAUCCACCCAGUGUGCCUCAGAUGAGCCAGCAGGCUGUUUUGCAUCCACCCAGUGUGCCUCAGCAGAGCCAGCAGACUGGUUUACAUCCACACCAUCUACCCACUCCAUCUCAGGUGACAAUGCACACUGGUUUGCAUCCACCCAGUCUAUCUCAGGUGACAAUGCACACUGGUUUGCAUCCACCCAGUCUCUCUCAGGUGACCCAGCAGUCUCAUUUGCAUCCACACCAUCCACCAAAUCUCCCUAAGUUGAAGCAGCAGACUGGUUUACGUCCACAUCAUCCACAUCAGGUUCCCCAGCAGACUGGUUUGCAUUCACACUCUCUGCUUCUGGCAACGCAGCAGAAGGCUUUCCCACCCCUGCAUCUUCAGCCACCACAGGGCCCUGCCUUUCUGCCCCAGCACCCCCAUCCACAGGUUCCCCAGCAAGCUGUCUUUCCAUCCCUGCACCCCCAUUCACAGGUGCACCAGCAGGCAGUCUUCCCACCCCUGUACCUCCAUCUGCAGGUGCCCCAGCGGGCUGCCGUUCUGCCCCUGUACCCUCAGCCUCAGCCCAUGCCUCAGCAGACAUAUUACCAAUUCAAGCAGCUUCUGGAAGCCCAAUGGCCCAAACGGCCACUCUACCAGCUCCAGGCCAAGCAGCCACGCUACCAGCCUUUCAUGUCACACUACCAAUCCCGAUUGCCAAGCUACAGUCCCAAGGUGCCACUGUACCAGGCCAAGAAGCUUCAGCACCCCCUGCAGAUCAGAUACCAACAUUUCAUAGCUUCAUGUCAGUAAGCCACCCACACUGGCACAUCAGAAAACAAAAUGCGCAAAAUCAAUGAAUUUAUUGUGGGUUUCUUUCAGGCACAUCAUCCUUGUUGAGGGGAGCAGGCCAUGUAUAAAAACAAUAAGGCAAUCUAAGUUUCAAACACUACAUUAAAUCUAUGCCUUUUAUUUUAGGAACUGCAGUGUGGAACCUGCUGGACUACUGGACUGACCUUUCAAAUGAACAUUUAGUUUGUGCUUUAUACUCUUGACUACUAAAUGUUUUGUAUGUGCUGAUCCGUUUGAUGCCAAGUUUCUGAGCACCUUUGAAUGUUUUAAACAGGAGUCUUGAGGUCUGAUUUAGCUCAUGCUUUUUGUUUUUGUUUUUUGUUUUUUUUGUUUUUUUGUUGUUGUUUUUUUGUUAAGCCUGCAAAAAAUAAUCCACAUCAACCAACACACCAGUGCUUUUCCCAGACUUGUAGAAAUUCUUUUGUAAAUGGUGAAAAGCUGAUACCAAACAAGUCUCUGCAGUCUUUGAGAAAUGAAUGUUGCAUCAUAACUGUUGUGACACAUGGGGAUUCAUGGUACCCACAUCCAGUCUCUUUAAGAUUUUCUCUAUUUUAUGAUUGUGGUUAAUGGUUCGUAGAACUUAUUUAAAGGUAUAAAGGUCUUAAAUUAGUGCACCUGUUUAGUAUAAGCUUGGUGGGGUAAGUGGGACCAGGUGCCAAAUUUCCCCAUAAAGCAGCCAAACAUUUAAAAUGUAACUAUAGGGAGGCAGCACGCGCCCAAGAAGCUACUGCAAUCUCCCAAUUUUUGCUCAAGCUGCAAAGCUGCUGGUGUCUGCUUUCCAGGUACAGCCUAAAUACUAACCAAAUCUGAAAGAGCACUGGACAAAGAUGGGUGUGUGAUUAAAAUUUGCAGAUUAUUUUUAAUCCCUGUAUUCUCACUGCAACACCGAAGAUGCUUAGUUUUUUGCAUUUGAGCCACUGUCAUCUGAACUUGUCACAUUAAAUUAAUAUAAAAAGUA